GAAAAUUGGGACUCCUCUCAUCCCAAUGAAAAAAACACGGCAAGAGGCUGGAGAGACGGUGGGUGGAGUACAGGAAGCCGAUCAUGGACCAAAUCUAAUUCCUACUAAAAAUACCUUCGCGAGGACGAGGCUGUGGACAUUUGCGAUUUUCUAUCUUUUUUCUUGCCUGAUUUGGGGGAUUUAAUACAGUAGAGGAGCUCCAAGAUGUCUCGGGGAGUGAUCCAGCCUAGCCAGCAGAAACUGGCAGAAAAGCUCACCAUCCUCAACGACAGAGGGAUCGGGAUGUUGACCCGUGUGUACAAUAUCAAAAAGCAAGGACAAGUUUGGAAGGCAUGCGGCGACCCCAAGGCCAAGCCCUCCUAUCUGGUGGACAAAAACCUGGAGUCUGCUGUCAAGUUCAUCGUUAGGAAGUUCCCCACUGUGGAGACGCGCAAUAACAACCAACAGCUGGCUCAGCUGCAGAAAGAAAAGUCAGAAAUUCUGAAGAACUUGGCUCUGUACUACUUCACCUUUGUAGAUGUCAUGGAAUUUAAGGACCACGUUUGUGAGCUGCUCAACACCAUCGACGCGUGCCAAGUCUUCUUUGACAUUACGGUGAACUUUGACCUCACCAAGAACUACUUGGACCUGGUGGUGACUUACACGACACUCAUGAUAAUAUUGUCACGCAUCGAGGAGAGGAAAGCCAUCAUCGGACUGUACAACUACGCUCACGAGAUGACGCACGGAGCCAGCGACCGUGAGUAUCCUAGGCUGGGCCAGAUGAUCGUGGAUUAUGAAAAUCCUCUGAAGAAGAUGAUGGAGGAGUUUGUGCCACACGGGAAGUCUCUGUCAGACGCUCUCAUCAGUCUUCAGAUGGUCUAUCCCAGAAGGAACCUUUCCGCUGACCAGUGGAGGAAUGCCCAGCUGCUGUCUCUUAUCUCAGCUCCCUCCACUAUGCUCAACCCUGCACAGUCAGACACUAUGCCUUGUGAAUAUUUAUCUCUGGACACAAUGGAAAAAUGGAUAGUGUUCGGGUUCAUCCUUUGCCACGCUGUGCUGAACAGUGACGCGGCGGCGUUGUCAUUGUGGAAGCUGGCGCUGCAAAGCUCCACCUGCCUGUGUCUCUUCAGGGAUGAAGUCUUCCACAUCCACAAGGCUGCUGAGGACCUCUUUGUCAACAUCCGAGGGUACAACAAGCGCAUCAAUGACAUCAGAGAGUGCAAGGAGCAGGCCCUGUCUCAUGCUGGCUCCAUGCACCGAGAGAGGCGCAAAUUCCUUAGGUCGGCCCUCAAGGAGCUGGCCACCGUCUUGGCGGACCAGCCGGGGCUGCUGGGCCCAAAGGCGUUGUUUGUAUUCAUGGCGCUGUCGUUCGCCCGUGACGAGAUCAUCUGGUUGCUUCGACACGCAGACAACAUCCAGAAGAAAAGCACAGACGACUUCAUCGACAAACACCUGGCAGAGUUGAUCUUCUACAUGGAGGAGCUGCGAGCCCAUGUCAGGAAGUACGGCCCGGUCAUGCAGCGGUACUACGUGCAGUACCUGUCAGGUUUUGAUGCUGUUGUGCUAAACGAGCUGGUGCAGAACCUGUCUGUGUGUCCAGAGGAUGAGUCCAUCAUCAUGUCUUCAUUUGUCAACACCAUGACCUCCCUCAGCGUCAAACAAGUGGAGGAUGGCGAGGUGUUUGACUUCAGAGGCAUGAGGCUCGACUGGUUUAGACUGCAGGCAUACACCAGCGUGUCCAAAGCUAGUCUCGGCAUCGCCGACCACAAGGAGCUCGGCAAAAUGAUGAACACCAUCAUCUUCCACACCAAGAUGGUGGACUCGCUGGUGGAGAUGCUGGUGGAGACGUCAGACCUGUCCAUAUUCUGCUUCUACAGUCGUGCAUUUGAGAAGAUGUUCCAGCAGUGCUUGGAGCUUCCCUCACAGAGCCGUCACUCCAUCUGCUUCCCUUUGCUUUGCACACACUUCAUGUCCUGCACACAUGAGCUGUGUCCCGAGGAGCGUCAUCACAUAGGAGACCGCAGCUUGUCACUGUGCAACAUGUUUUUGGAUGAGAUGGCCAAACAAGCCCGGAACCUGAUCACCGAUAUCUGCACUGAACAGUGUACCCUCAGUGACCAGCUGCUUCCCAAACACUGUGCCAAAACCAUCAGCCAGGCCGUCAACAAGAAGAGCAAGAAGGCGACCGGGAAAAAGGGUGAGCCGGAGAGAGAGAAACCAGGAGUGGAGAGCAUGCGGAAGAACAGACUACUGGUCACCAAUCUGGACAAACUCCACACUGCUCUGUCAGAACUCUGCUUCUCCAUCAACUACGUUCCCAACCUGGCAGUGUGGGAGCACACGUUCACACCGAGAGAGUACCUCACCUCCCACCUGGAGAUCCGAUUUACCAAGUCCAUCGUGGGCAUGACGAUGUACAACCAGGCCACUCAGGAGAUUGCCAAGCCCAGCGAGCUGCUGACCAGCGUGCGGGCCUACAUGACAGUACUGCAGUCCAUCGAGAACUAUGUCACCAUCGACAUCACGAGGGUCUUCAACAACGUCCUGCUGCAGCAGACGCAGCACCUGGACAGCCACGGCGAGCCCACCAUCACCAGCCUGUACACCAACUGGUACUUGGAGACGUUGCUCCGCCAGGUCAGCAACGGCCAUAUUGCUUACUUCCCUGCCAUGAAGGCCUUUGUUAACCUUCCCACAGAGAACGAGCUGACCUUCAACGCUGAGGAAUACUCGGACAUCUCUGAGAUGCGCUCGUUGUCCGAGCUCUUGGGUCCGUACGGCAUGAAGUUCCUCAGUGAGAGUCUCAUGUGGCACAUCUCCUCACAGGUGGCAGAGCUGAAGAAACUGGUGGUGGAGAACAUGGAAGUCUUGACUCAGAUGAGAACCAGCUUUGACAAACCGGACCACAUGGUGGCGCUGUUCAAGAAGCUCACCUCUGUGGACAGCGUGCUGAAGAGAAUGACCAUCAUCGGAGUCAUCCUCUCGUUCCGCUCCCUGGCUCAGGAGGCGCUGAGAGAUGUCUUAUCCUGCCACAUUCCUUUCCUGGUCAGUUCAGUGGAAGAUUUCAAGGAUCACAUUCCGAGAGAGACGGACAUGAAGGUGGCCAUGAAUGUCUAUGAGCUGUCCUCAGCUGCAGGUUUACCCUGUGAGAUCGAUCCUGCUCUGGUGGUGGCGCUGUCCUCACAGAAGAGUGAGAACAUCAGUCCAGAGGAGGAGUACAAGAUCGCUUGUCUUCUGAUGGUGUUUGUGGCUGUCUCCUUGCCAACGCUGGCCAGCAACGUCAUGUCACAGUACAGCCCCGCCAUUGAAGGCCACUGUAACAACAUCCACUGUCUGGCCAAAGCCAUCAACCAGAUUGCGGCCGCUCUCUUCACCAUCCACAAAGGAAGCAUCGAGGACCGCCUGAAGGAGUUCCUGGCUCUGGCCUCCUCCAGCCUCUUGAAGAUCGGCCAGGAGACAGACAAGAUGACCACACGCAACAGAGAAUCUGUCUACCUGCUGCUGGACAUGAUUGUGCAGGAGUCUCCCUUCCUCACCAUGGACCUGCUGGAAUCCUGCUUCCCGUACGUCCUCCUGCGGAACGCCUACCACGCUGUCUACAAGCAGAGCAUCAGCGCCAACGCAUAAACACACACACACACACACACGUAAGGUGCAACGUUCCACAAAAUUGACAAGAAGGCAUUCUAACACACACACACACCACGAGCUGGAUGAAGUUGGGGAACAGUGUCUACAUUUUGUUUAUUUUUCUUCCUUUUUUCAUGCUGUUGCUAGGGACCCAAACUGCGGCAACAGCAAACAUUUGGUUAUACGAGGACACAAAUCUAAAUGUAUAGUAUAUAUAUACACAUACAGUAUAUAUAUUUAGUUGACACUAAACUAUUUGAGGUGUGGUGAUGGAUGAUUUCUUUCAUGCGAUUGAUUUUCUUGUGAUGUGUUUGGUUGUUUUUUUGGUUCAUGUUUACAACAUUAACGCUGAAUUCCACCUGGUUCAUAGCACACCACACAUACUUCUAACAUGGUGGUUUGUUUUGUAGCUAGUGCUAACAUGAACGCUAUGUGGGUAAAAAAAAAAGAUAUUUGAUGUAAACCUGUCUGUUUUUAUGUUUUUCUUAUUUUUAUGAUGACAAUUUGCCAAACGUGUUGACACUACACAUCGCGCGCGUGUGCGUUUUGGAUGAUGGAUGCUGUGGGAACAAUUUACGGGAGGGGGGGGUCGUGCAUUAUAGUUGAAAAUGACAACUCAGCUGCUCGUAAUCACGGUUAAAUAAAGUACAAGCGAACGUCUCAUCUUGUCAACAGGCUGUGUGGUAUUUGUCGGCAUGGACUUCUAGCACUUUUGUCAAUGUGACCAGUAGCCUCCUCCAAGGCAGCUUAGGCCUGCACAGUGCUUGCUGCUGUGUUUACUGCUCAUUAGAACAAACAAGGAACUACAAGUCAAUCCCGUUUAAGGCCCCCUGCAGACCAAAUGAGGUAUCAAACAUGUAUAAUGUAUAUAAAGAUGCUGACGUGUGACAUUACUGCACUGCUGAGGUGACGUUGACAGUGUAACAACCACUAAAUAAAGGAAACGAGGCGUUUGGGAACGCUGGACUUUGGACUCUUUAUGAUUUGUUGUGGAAUGCUUGACAAAAAAAAAUCUAAAAACAUUUCUGGGCUGCCACACCUGAGAUGUGAUGUGCUCUUCUGCUUCAUUGUGAACACUAUAAAUAAUGUCAAACAA